AUGUUAGCCGUACACGCGAGAUUUCUUUCAUUAUCUGCUUUUCGAUAUCCGAGCUCAAAUCCGAAAUCAGAGAAGCGAGAGAGGUUAUCGAAGAAAAAGGCUGCACGUAAGUCUGCCCCAACCACUGGUGGAGUCAAGAAGCCCCAUCGUUACCGUCCUGGAACCGUUGCUCUUCGUGAGAUCCGUAAGUACCAGAAGAGUACCGAGUUGCUGAUCAGGAAACUCCCAUUCCAGAGGCUUGUUCGUGAGAUUGCCCAGGAUUUCAAGACUGAUCUGCGUUUCCAGAGCCAUGCUGUGCUUGCGCUUCAGGAGGCUGCAGAAGCGUAUCUCGUGGGUCUCUUCGAGGACACUAACCUCUGCGCCAUUCAUGCCAAGCGUGUGACCAUCAUGCCCAAGGACAUCCAACUCGCUCGCAGGAUCAGAGGAGAACGUGCUUAAGUGUUUUGGGGGGAAACCGGUCGUAUUAUGUGAAUGUGGUUUGAUCUAAAAUAGCUAAUAGUUGGAAUUAGGGUAAUGGCUUAAAAAGCUUUUGGUUUUAGUAGGAUUUGAAAACAAUGUCGAUGAUGAUGAUGGUUUGUUUUUCGCAUUUUCUUGUGUUUAGCUACGUUUUGUUGUGUGGAUAUUGCUUCUUUUGCAGUAUCAAAACACCUUUUGUUGUUUGGAUUUCAUUUCUAAAACAAUUGUUAUGUUGACUUGGUUAAAUAUGAGUAGAAUUUGUGAAAUUGGUUUAAUGUUUGCACAUUGUAAAUUGUUUUGUUCACCUUAACCUAAUUAUUAUGUUCGA